AUGACCCCCGAGCUGUGUACGGUGUUGGCGGUGCGCGGCCCUCGACGACAAGUUGUUCGCCGGCGUGCCGGGCCACUGGGAGCGCAAGCUGAGCCUGGCCAUCCGCGCCUGGAAGAAGUCCGUCAAGGAGCAGCGCGCCGACCGAACAAACGCCUCAAGAUCACCCUGGCGCUCAUAAGUGGUUCGGUGGUCGUCGCCGCGGAGGAGAAGCUGCGCAAGGCGAAGGCCAUACCCGUCCCAGGCGGCCGGCGGUUGCGGAUGCGUGACGCCCACGCCAUGAAGUUUAUCCACCACAUAUACAUCGGUGCUCACUGGCCGCCUGUCGACCUCGCUGUUCGACGACACCUUGAGAAGAGCCUCGACGACGAGCUGCACGACGGCAUCGAGCAGUGGCAGCGCUCCGAU